AUGAGUAAUCAAGAAACUAUUAAAUCAGUUCAACCAACAUGGCAGGAAGUUGAAAAAGCCAUAAAAGAAGUAGUUGUAGCAGGAUUAUAUUAUAAAAAACCCAAAGAUAGUAAAUUUCUUAAAAAUUACAAAAAACUAUAUACCGAUUUACAUCAACAUGAAGAACCUCAAGAAUGUAUUAUUAAACAAGCAAAAACAUUAUUCCCAAAUAAAGAGAAAUAUUUUCAAAUGAAAGAACAAUAUAAAAACUGGUACAAGUAUGAGCCAAGAAUUUUAAAAGCCGUUGAAAAUCUUAAUGGUACAUACUAUAAACUAGCUAAAGAAUAUUUUGUCAAUGAUGAUGAUCUUGAAAAAGAUGCAAAUUCAUUUCUUGAAUUAGAAGAUGAUAAUGCAGACAAAUAG